AUGGUACACGGGGGGCGGGCAGAGCGCCGGCCCAGCAUUGGCUGCUCUAUGACCACCGAUAUCAGCUCCGACGACCGCUUCUGGCUGGCGCUCACCAUCUUCUUCGUGCUCUGCCCCUCCGUCCUGGUGCAGCUCACCCUCAUCUUCGUGCAUCGCGACCUCAGCCGCGACCGACCGCUCGUCCUGCUCAUGCACCUGCUGCAACUGGGGCCCAUCAUCAGGUGCGUGGAGGCCCUGGUGGUGUACUGCUGGUCGGGGCAGGAAGAGGAGCCCUACGUCACCAUCACGCGCAAGCGGCGGCUGCGCAAGGGCUAUGAAGUGGAGCUGGAGCAGGAGGUGGGCCACUCGGUGCGCCGGCUGGUCACCCACCGCAACGCCUUCAAACGCAUGGCCGUCAUUCAGGCCUUCCUGGGCUCCACCCCGCAGCUCACCCUGCAGCUCUACAUCAGCAUCUUGGAGAAGUAUGUCCCCAUUGCACGAGCCAUCCUCAUGGGCAUCUGCCUGGUGUCGGUCACCUAUGGGGCGCUUGUCUGCAAUGUCCUGGCCAUCCAGGUCAAGUACGAUGACUACAAGGUGCAGCUGCGGCCUCUGGCCUUCCUCUGCAUCGUGCUGUGGCGCAGCCUGGAGAUCUCCACUCGUGUGGCUGUCCUGGUGCUCUUCAGCACCGUCUUCAAGCACUGGAUCAUCCCCAUUGCCUUGGCCAACCUGCUGGUGGUCUUCUUCCAGCCCUGGGUGCAGUUCUGGCGCAGUGGCACGCGGCUGCCCGACAACAUCGAGAAGAACUUCAGCCGGGUGGGCACGGUGGUGGUGCUGUUUGCCUUCACCCUGCUCUACGCCAGCAUCAACAUGUUCUGCUGGUCGGCUGUGCAGCUCAAGUUGGCCGACCGGGACCUCAUUGACAAGUCACAGAACUGGGGCCGCUUGGCUGUGUACUAUGUGGCCCGGCUGCUGGAGAACACGGCGCUGGUCAUUCUCUGGUACUUCUUCAAGACUGAUGUCUAUGAGAACAUCUGUACAUUGCUGCUGGUGGUGCAGCUGCUGCUCGGCUACUGCCUGGCCAUCUACUUCAUGCUCCUCUUCUUCCAGUACCUGCAUCCGUGCCGCCAGCUCUUCCGACACAACGUUGCUGAUUUCCUGCACUGUGUCUGCUGCCGGCGGUCCCUGGACAGUGCAGAGCUCCUGGAGGCACCCCAUGAACCUGGUGUGAGGCACAGCAUCGUCUGAAGCACAGCCUGGGAAUAUGGACAAGGAGCUGUGGUGGCAUGAGCCAUGCUGAGGGCUCCAUGGUGCUGGUGCCCUGUACUGAGCACCGGUACGGCCCCAUGGUGUCAGGGGACAGAGCAUGCCAACUGCCCGGCACACACACACAAAGGACCUAUGGGGUGUGCAGACCCCAGUGGGGCAUACAGCAUUGGGAGCUUUGUCCCCACUCUGCUGUGACCCCAGAGAUGCUGCUCCGGGUCUGUUUUGAGCAGUAAAGAAACUUUGCUGUGGCUCUG